CCUGCUCAAGAUAUGGUAAGUGCACAUGAUUUCACAAUAGGAACAAAGGCACCAUUGCUUAUCUCACCUGUAUCUCUUUGUAGGAUUUGUGGGUCCCAUCCACCCCCACUGUCACCAUGAAAGAACCCUCUUGGCAAUCUCUAUAGUUAGUUUUCCCUUCUUACUAUACUGCAACAACAAUAACAAUCCAGUGUAAUCUCAUAAGUGGGGUCUGGGGAGGGUAAUAUGUACGCACCUUACCUCUACCCGAGUGACAGAGAGGCUGUUCCAGACCUUACCUUUCCCUUCUUACUUUCACACACAUAUAUAUGUAUGUGUAGCUAUACAUUUCUCCCUUCUGUAAUUGCUUUCUUAUUAUAGGUAGUAAACUCCAACUUCCAAGAAAUCCUCAAAUACUUUGUUCUGUUUUUACUCUAAUUUAGUAGCUUUUCUUUCUUCAUUGCUUGUCUUGUAAUCUUUGGGAUGAAAUCUGGUCAGAUCUUGCUUUGUUUGUUGUGGAAUUUGGUAGGACUUAUUUCAUUACAAAGCCAAACCUUCCCCACUCUUUUUCCUUCCUCAUAUUCAUAACAGAAAGAUAGACAAAGAAAAAAAAAAACACCCAACCAAUACAAUUACAAACAAACCAACCCCACCAAGGAAUUAAGUAAAAAUCCAAACUUUUCUCCUCUAAAAGAAUUGGAGCAAUGGGAAUGGUAGCUGCUGAGCAACAGUUUCAUGUCUUAGCUGUAGAUGAUAGCUUGAUUGAUAGGAAGCUCAUUGAGAGGCUCUUUAGAACCUCUGCUUGCCAAGUUACUACUGUGGAUUCUGGAAGUAAAGCUUUAGAAUUUUUGGGGUUUCAAGAAAAUGACCACAAUCACCCAAAUCCACCUUGUGUUUCUCCUCAUAACCAUCAGGAAGUGGAAAUAAAUCUUAUUAUCACAGACUACUGUAUGCCUGGUAUGACAGGCUAUGAUUUGCUCAAGAAAAUUAAGGAAUCGUCAUCAUUUAGAAACAUUCCAGUAGUCAUUAUGUCAUCUGAGAAUGUUCCUUCAAGAAUCAAUAGAUGUUUAGAAGAAGGAGCAGAGGAAUUUUUCUUGAAGCCAGUCAGAUUAUCAGAUGUCAAUAAGCUUAAACCCCAUAUGAUGAAAACCAAAUGCAAAAGCUUUCAUGAACCUGAGAAAAUUGUCACAAAGGAAAAUCAAGAAUCACCAGAAAUCGAAAAAGUUCCAUCAGAACAAUCACAGCCACAGCCAAAAACAGAAUUAGACACAGAACAAAUACAGCAAAUCCAGCAAUCUCAAGGCAAUAAUAAUAAGAGGAAGUCCAUUGAAGAAGGUCUAUCUCCAGAGAGAACAAGGCCGAGAUACAGUAGCCUAACUACUGUCUAAUCUUAUGAUCAAUGCAAAUAUAAUUUCCUUUUGUUUUUUUUUAGUCAGAUAACUUUGUUUUUGUCUCUUUAUAACAAUACAGCCAAUUUUGUUUGCUAACCUAAGAGGUGAAUAGAUCUUUUUAUUGUAGAUAGAAAUGUGUUCCUUUUUCUUCUUGUAAAUGAAUGGAGAAGCAUUUAAUAUACAAAAGUGGUGUUUUUGUUAACA